GUUCGUGCGGCUUGUCGGACAGCUGUGCGUUGCGAGAGUGAGGCACUCGGCCGACAGACAAGAGGGCGAGAAGAGUCCCUCGAGUCAGUCGUCCUCUCGACUGCUGCCGUGGGUGGCGGGCCGUUGAGCUCACAGACAUCGGAGGUGAGGGAGGCCCAACACUCACUGACUCACUGACUGAUGCGCUCAUCCACUGACCUCAGUGAAUGCGUUGGCCUCUCUGUCUGUCUGUCUGUCUGUCUGUGUGCCUCUCUCUGUGUGUCUGUCGACCCGUUGGUGCAGUGUGGCUGAAGAGCGAUGGCGGCCUCCUCAUCUGCCGCUGCCGCAGGUGGUGGUGUUAGCUCAUUGACCUCUCUCUGAUCUGUCCAUCUGAGCAUCGAACGAGGUAAGCAGCACACAGAUGUGUGAGCAGCAUGCUUGAUGGACAUAAUCCUCUGUCUGUCGGCUCUGUCGCUCUGUGCAGCCUCUCGUCGAGCGCCUCACUCAUCUGACCGUCUUGGCCCAUCCAUCCCAUGCAGUACCACGAGCAUCAGCAGCACCCCGUGUCAUAUGUGUGUGUGGGCCGGAGGAGCCGCUACCUCCUCAGCGUCAAGGACGUCGUGCGGCUGAGGGCCACCUGCACCUGGCUCAGAGAGCUCUUCGGGCCGGCCCAGCUGAGAGAUCGGCUCAGCCACUCGCUGGGCUCACAGGCGGGGCUGCGGCGGGCGAAUGUGAAUGGGCAGCAAGUGCAGCUGCUGCGGUUCUACGACGACCACUUCCACACACAUGAUCUGCUGGCGGCUGUGUGUGUGGUGGAGGAGGGGGGCUGAGGCGAGAUGGCCGAGGUGAUUGAGCUGGCGGGGCAGUGUGGCAACUGUGUGCUGCCUGUGACCCUCAGUAGGGCUGACAUCAACACACACGCAAACAAAACGGUGAGCCGGGGAGAUGAGGGAGAGGGCCUCACUCGUGUGUGUGUGUGUGUGUGUGUGUGUGGUGGUCGUGUGUGUUGGUGUAUGUGUCGGCUCCCCGUGUGUUGGCGCAGCUCAAGAUUGUCAGCCGCCACGUUCACUUCAGUGACGGCUCCUGCCUGCAGCUGUUCCAGCACGGCAAUGGUGAGGUGCGGGCCAUCAAAGACGAGCCCGGCUUCCGACUCACUGUCGACCCGCCCCUCCCUAUCAACCACCUGUACCGGCAGCACAGACAGCUACACGACCCACCUGUGCGCAGCCGCAUGUACAACUCGAUCGCCGACGCCAGAUAA